AGGCGAAGAUCAAAGUCAGCGUAGAGUGUGCACUCCGAGUGACUUGAUAUACAAACACCGUGGCUAGCCUAUCGUUUUCGGCGCCAUGACUAAAAUUCCUCGGCAACAUAAGAGUGUCGUGGCCGUAACGAGCCGAACUGCGAGCAACGAGAUCACCUAACAGACGAUCGAUAGACCUGGAGUUUGCGGCAGCUGCGGAAGGUUAAACGCUCCUCGGUUCGCUCAUCGUUUCCUCGUGUGUUGUCCGACUUUGACCAAGUUCGAGCAAAUUUGAGGUAUUCGAGAGAAGAGAACACAGAGAGGAAAGUGCGGGAUCGAGUUUUCUUGGAAGAGGAAUAGAGUAGAAUGGAGAUGGACGAGUGUUCAGCCGGUGGGGACUCGGGUGCGGAAGAAGAAGAGGACGAGGAUUCCACCCAUGUUUCCAGGAGCAACAGCAGCAGCAGCUGCACCAGUGGUAGUAGUUCUACUACCGACAGUGGUGACGAUUCGGGUGACGAUCGAUGUACCAGUGGAACGGAAAGUUCCGCCGAGGAGGAUGACGGCGAAGAUGAGAAUUCUCAGCAUAUGACGCGAGAAGAAAAUGAAGACAUGCACAGGUGGGAAACUUGCAUAGCAGUUGGAACCAAAGUGAAGUUGCCCCAAGAUCUAUGCGAACACUCGUCCAUCUUCCAAGAGCUUCUCGAUUAUCCAAAAUUCUGGCACGAGUGCCUAGACGACGAACAGAGAGAGUCUCUUCGUCAUUUGCUACCAGUGUUUCCUAAGGACUGCAACGAGGAAUUUGAGACAGAGAGAACUCUACAAAUGCUGUUUCAAAGGGAAAACCACCGGUUCGGCGUGGCUGCCCUGGAUGCUUUCCAUGACCACCUUUCCGCUGGUCACUACAGACCGGACAUUAGGAGAAUGCGCGCCUUGGUACGCAGAGCUCAACGGAAGAGGCUCCUCUUCGAAGAGCGUAAGCGAUCUUAUGAACUCGCCGGGCAACUCCUUAAGUCAAGGGAAAGCUUGCUAUCGGCUGCAUACAAGCAGGGUUUCAGUCAUCCCACUCACAGGACUACAUCGAAGCUGCAAUGGAGAAAGCCUAAGCCAGCAAUGGUCGAGGAGAAGACCCACCUGCGCUAUGCAGAAGAGAUGAAUGCCCUCCGAGCGGAGCUCGGCGUAAACGCCCGACUAGCUGCGGACACAACCUCUGAAAACGAGGAGAAUUAUCCUCACCAGUCGUUCGCUGGGGCGAAGCAGCGGAAAAAGAAGCGACUCCAGUACUUCCCGACAAGGGGGAUCCAAACGUCGUGCCACGAGGACGAAGCGAUUCGGCCCGUAUUCUCAACCCUCCAGAGGCCGGAAUACUCCCAAAAUGGUUCUUUCCUCUUACGAGAGCAGUCCGAAGAGACGUAUCGUGCGAUGCUAAUCGCCCACAAAAAACGACGAGCUCGUCGCGAUGUGCAUCCCGAGCUAAAUACUCAAGGGAUCGCCUUGGCGGACCUUACCCAGAGGGCGCAGAUCGGGCAGAAACACAAGCUGACGAUCGGCAACCCCGUUCGUCCCAACGGGAACAAAAGGAGAGUUAAAACGGAGCCCUCGUCUCUGGGCCCUCCGGCCCCGAAGGUUCUCAACACCGGACCCCCGAAGCAGGAGAGUGACAACAGCGAUUACUCGCUCACCGAGGAUAACAAACAUUCCAUUUCGGUGGAACUUGACCAGCGAAUCGGUACACUUUGCACCGUCAAAUCGGAACCAUUGGAUGUGUACGAGAGGACUCAUCGACUGUCUGCGAAAAAGAAUAUGAGCCCAUCGACCCCGAAGAUCGGCAGGUCAUUUACGAUGCCGGUCCCUAACAUAAAAAAGGAAGUGGACGAUAUGGAUUACGAUAGAGAAAUCAAAACGGAGGUUUGUUCCGGUAUGAACGAGGAAACGCACCCAGACUCGGAAGAGGACGAGGAAAACGACAAGAAGGAGAUUGACCUGGAUGGCAUCGAUAUGAUGCAAAUCCCGAUACAGCUCGACGACGGUAUCGACAUCCUCGAGGAGGUCAAAUGCGAGGAGGAGUCUACGAUCGGUCUACCAGACAAGGAACCGAACUCCGUUCUCAGCGACGGCAUUACCGUAAACGGCGGUGGUGGUGAGCUGAUGCAAGAAACUCACGCGUCCUUCUUCUCCCUCCUGAGGGAUGCCUUUAUUUCGAAGGGGGAGUAUCGCAUGAGCACCGUGGAGAUGAAGGAUGCGGUCACGCAGUGGCAAGGAAACCCGAUCUCUCCGCUUAACGACUGGUACUCCAUGGCAUCUUCCUGGCCUUCGCUAGUUCCACUUGCCCUGGGCUUUCUCGCCGGUGAACUCACCUACUCGCAGGAACUGGAUCAGUCUCAGGAACGCGAACAAGAACUCGUGCCUUACCUGGAGAACAAGGGUCGCGGGGUGUACGCGUGGAUAGGCGCCGGUCGCGACUCCGAUUCGCGUCUGGCCGCUCUCUGCACGCGUUUCCUCUUGCACAGAGAUUCCCUGGGGCACCCUCAGGUUUCGGCUUCCACUGCUCCCAGCGUCGGCCCUGCGGCUACAGCGCCCGUUAAACAACCGCUGCAGCAAUCGCAGUUACAACAGCAACGACAGAGCAGUAACGGCAGCGGGAACGGCGGUGGCAACGGUAACGGCAACGGCAGUGCUGCUAUCGUCAGAAGCGGAAGUCCUUUGACGGAAGUCAGCGGCCCUGACGGAGGCGCCAUUGGGGCUGUCGCGGAGUGGGAACCACCCCGUGCUCUGUGGCCGACCGAGUGGAAGGUGCGACCCUCCACCCCGGAGGAACGCGAGGAGUUCAGGCGGCAGGAGCGAAUGCGCUACGCGGCACCACAUAGGGCCUUCACUUAUCGCAUGCACGGCUAUGCCUCCGUCGUCGGCCCUGUCAAGGGCAUCUACCAGCAUAACGUUGGUACGUUGUCGACAAAAGGCUCGGGGCUGACCAAGGCGCGCGGUCACUCACUGCUGGUGGCCGAGAGGCCGAACUUCGUGACGAUUCUGGCACUGGUGAGGGACGCAACCGCGCGCCUGCCGAACGGCGAGGGCACUCGGGCGGACAUCUGUCAGCUGCUUAAGGACUCGCAGUACAUCCGGGAGCAAAGCGAAGCGGACUGCGGCCCCGAGAAGGAGGGUUACCUGCAUUCGGUGGUGUCCGGCGCCCUGGACCGGCUCCACUACGAGGCCGACCCCUGCGUCAGAUAUUAUCCGAAGCGCAAGGAGUGGCUGUAUCUACAUCGGGCCCGUUCCGAGUCGGAAUUCGAGAUGUUCCACCAGCAGCUGCAAGGCGUGGCCAAAAACAAAAAGAAUACCGGCAACGCUUCCAGGAAUAAGUUACUGCAGUCGACGACAAAGCCCGUGAACGGCAGCAAGGAGCAAUCUCCAACCGCUGGGACUAGGGAGACGACCCCGAAGAAGGAAAAGAAACCCGUUCUACAGGUCCAGACGAUGAUCGCCAGGAAAGAACAGAGGAAGCCGGAGGAACGAGUUGUCGUGGAUCAACAGCCAGCGAUGACGGAACCGCCAACGGUAUCAACGAUCGCUUCGACGACGACAGCUAACGCGUUGGCACCCGUGGUAGCAACGAGCGUCGCUGUCAGUCCUGGUCCUAGCCUCGCGAGUACCACUUCGAGUUUGGGGAUUAUCGUGGAUAAUGCGAUGGAGGUCAAGCAGCAACAGCUUCGUCAAUUCGCUACGCCCUCGCCAACCGUCUCGAAGAAAGUGGCUACGGCUGCGCUUGUUAGCGGAAAGCCCGUUACCGUGGUCAAGGCCAGUUCCGCCCAAAGCCUGCUGCAGUCGAAUCAGCAACACUUCCCUCAUCAUCAGAUUCAGGUUUCUACUUCGGCGGGACUGCAAACGAUACGUUUAUCCGGUCAUUCCGUUUUGCACUCGGCUCAGUCGGUCCCCGUCUCUGGUGCGGGAAGUGUCGCUGGAAACGUUACGACGAUAUUCCCCACGGCCAAAGUACAGUCUCAGCAGCAACAGCAACAGCAGCAGCAGCAGCAGCAACAACAACAACAGCAGCAACAGCAGACGGCACAGCAGAUCACGGCUGUCUCUGGUCAGGCGGGGAAAAGCGUGCUGCAGACCGCCAAUGCGAAAUCACAGUCCCAGCAACCUCAGCAGCAACAGCAACAUGUGUUGCCUGGGAAGACAUUGUUAGCUUCACAAAUCAAGCUGGUCAGUUCGGGGCAAAUCAAGUCGUUGCUCACUGGGCACGGUUUGCAAGGGCAGACAAUAUUCAUUAAGCAAUCGUCACCCUCUACGGUGCAAGCCCAACAAUUGCAGCAGCAACAGCUGAAACAACAGCCGCAACCGCAACAGCAACAGUUACAGCGAGUAGUGACCACGCAGCAGCAGCCACAGUCGUCUCAAUCCCAAACUCAACAGCAACAAUCAUUGCAGGCGCCGGGAAUGCAACGAAUAAUCGCGCAAAUAGGCGGCAAACCGAUCGCAGUUCAAAUACAACAAUCGUCGCAUCAGCAGCAGCAGCAACAGCAGCAGAAAAUCCUGGCGAAGGUCUUGACUAGUGCGGGAGCCGGCCAGUUGAUUUCCGUGGAGAGUCUACUCGCGCAGAAGGGACUCAAGCUCACGACCGCGAUGGGCCAUAGACAACUUGGCCGGCAGGGGAAACAGCUGAUACAGACUCAGUACCAGGUGGUCUCUCAAGCCCAGACAACGAGUGGCAGUCAGCCGAAAAUAAUCGUGAGCUCUCAACAGCAGUCGCAGUCCCAGCAACCGCAAACCGUGCGAAUGGUCACCGCUCAACUGGCCGGCAAGCCGAUCGUUUUGGCCAGCGGUAACAAGGGUCUGGGAGUAGGAGUCGGUGGGACCGCCGGAGGGGUUGUCUUGAGCAAACAGCAAUCCUCGCAGCAACAGCAGCAGUCCCAGCAACAGCCCAUCAUUCUGCCGAGCCAGUUGCUCAACAUUAAGACCCUUCAUGGUUUGAAGGUGAUACCCACACCCGCGGGUCUUAAGACGACGAGUGCCGCCGUUUAUGCCCGGGUGAUCGCGCCCACGACCAUAUCUUCGGCGCAGUCGAUAGCUGCUCAGCAACCUCAACAGCAGCAGCAGCAGCAGCAACAGCAGCAACAACAACAACAGCAGCAGCAGCAACAGUCGUUACAAGGCCAAGCUCCGAGGAGUAACCAGUACGGUACGCCUUGAUGCGAUCGACUCGAUUUCAUUUUUUCCUCCGUUUUCGACGUCGCCGACUCGUUAUUCGAACAUUAAUAAUUGCGGCCUCUUAUAAUUCGCGGGGGCGAAACUUGAACGCGCAUCCAAGAUGCACGUUUCUCUACGUGUCGGAUGUCCCGGUCACGCGAGGAUAUUUUCAUUUUUCAUGCAUUUCAUGGCUUCGAUACAUUGGAAAUCGUUUUCUAAACCCAGUAGUAGCGACGUCGAAAACGAUUACAGAUGAAUAAAAUAUAAUUUCGUGUCUUGCGACGUGAGAAUACCUGGAGGUAAUGAUCUUCGCGACGUCGAGAACGUCGCGACGAUCUCGAAUCCAUGUGUAGAGAAAACUCGUAAAAAAAAUCUGAAUAAACGGUUCGAAAGAAAAAAUAGAAAGGUUGGGUCGACAGGCUCGAAGUCUUUUCAAAAGUCGUGGGAGUUUAUCUACGGGCACGUGACAGACAAUUCGGGUUAUACAAGG